GCAAGCAUUUAGACCAAGUGCGUAGGUGCGCAGGACACGUGUGGAUUGCAGCUGCUUGUAGUUCGUUUUGUCCAGAUUAUUUCUGCCCGACUUCCAGAGCUUUCUUUGCAAACUGCGAUCACGAAAACUCAUGCCAGUAUUCUUAUUCUGUUACCCUUGUGACAACUGGAGGAAUUACUUUGCAGUCGACAAACUGAUAACCCCGUUUUAGUGAUUGCGUAUUUCAAGCAGCAUGCUCAUUCAGUCAACGCUUCAUUAGUGCUUUAGUACUGCGUUCAGUUUUCACUCCGAGAAAGAAAAGAAAGCUUUGUAGUUUAGAUCAGUGUUUCUUGGUUAAUCGCAAUGUCCUCCGGGAAUGUGUCGGAGAUGAGUCGGCGGUUCUGUGUGCUGUCCUGGGAGCAGGUACGGCGUUUGGAUGCCAUCCUCGGAGAAAGCAUCCCGAUCCACGGACGUGGAAACUUCCCUACGUUGUCCGUCCAGCCCAGGCAAAUUGUGCAGGUGGUACGGGCUCGGCUGGAGGAGCGGGGCAUCGCCGUGCGCGACGUGAAGCUGAACGGGUCUGCUGCCAGCCACGUGCUGCACCAGGACACGGGCCUGGGCUACAAGGACUUGGACCUGAUCUUCGGGGUGACCCUGACGGACGACCGGGCCUUCCGGCUGGUGAAGGACGUGGUGCUGGACUGCUUGCUGGACUUCCUGCCGCCCGGCGUGAGCCGGGAGCGCCUCUCCCCCCUGACGCUGAAGGAGGCGUACGUGCAGAAGCUGGUGAAGGUGUGCAACGACACGGACCGCUGGAGCCUCAUCUCUCUGUCCAACAACACCGGCAAGAACGUGGAGCUCAAGUUCGUGGACUCGCUCAGGCGGCAGUUCGAGUUCAGCGUGGACUCCUUCCAGAUCGGCCUGGACUCCCUGCUGCUCUUCGACAGGUGCUCGGAGACGCCCAUGUCAGAGAGCUUCCACCCCACUGUCCUGGGGGAGAGCGUGUACGGGGACUUCCAGGAGGCCCUGGACCACCUCCGGCAGCGAACCAUCGCCACGCGCAGCCCGGAGGAGAUCCGGGGCGGCGGGCUGCUCAAGUACUGCCACCUGCUGGUGCGGGGCUUCCGCGCGGCCUCUGAGAGCGAGAUGAAGUCGCUGCAGCGCUACAUGUGCUCGCGCUUCUUCAUCGACUUCCCCGACAUCGGCGAGCAGCAGCGCAAGCUGGAGGCCUACCUGCAGAACCACUUCAGCGGCAUGGAGCACAAGCGCUACGAGUGCCUGGCCACGCUCCACCGCGUGGUCAACGAGAGCACCGUGUGCCUGAUGGGCCACGAGCGGCGGCAGACGCUGGGACUCAUCUCCGCCCUGGCGCUUAGGGCGCUGGCGGAGCAGAACGCCCUGCCCACCGUCACCAACGUCACCUGCUACUACCAGCCCGCCCCCUACGUCAGAGACGUCAACUUCAGCAACUACUACGUGGCCCGCGUCCAGCCCCAUGCACCCCUCUGCAGUAGCUCCUUCCAGACCUGGCAGCCGUGUAACUGAGGUUUUGGGAGGACUGCUGUGGGCGGGGCGGGGCGGGGGGGUGGGGGGGGGGGGGGGCCGUGACCGGGGCGCACUUUGUUACUGUGGCAUUUCUUUUCACGCCGUAGGCAGGUGGCAUAGGACUGGGCUCUCCACACUGGCACCAGCGAAGCGGAUUCUUUUUGUUUUUGGUUUUUUUUUUUUUUUUGUUUUGGAGCUACAGAGGGACACGAGAAAAUCUUUAAUUUUUUUCCCCCCACAUGUCUGUUCUAACUCCUGGCAGGACUUUGUUGACCAUGUACUGCUGUAAAUGUGAUUUGAGCCUAUUGUUUGGAAAGAUUUGCUUUUUUUGGUCACCUUUGCAGAACAGGGACUGUUGGUACUUUUCUUAUGUAGCAAAAAAAAAGUUGUGAUUGAAUUGAAGCACUUUUUGUUUUUUCCUUGUGUAAGUUGACUCGAAGACUUAAUAACAUUUAUAUAACUUUAAUGCUGCAUUUAAUUUUUGUUGGGGGGGGGGUGAAAAUAUAAAGCUGUAUUUUCAGACUUUCUUCGAACCAAGAGGACCAAAGAUGAUUUUUGUUUAGAAGGGAACAUUACUGUUGCAAUUCCAAGUGCCUCAAAUACUGAGAACCUCUAAAGUUAGGCUAUAUUUUUAUCUUCUAGUUUACUGUAAAUCUCUAUUUUGAGGGACUGUGGCAUUCCUAUAUAAAAAUGAUUAAAAAGAAAGACAACUGA